AUGGGAGUGGAAGAGGAGGUAUAUGCUCAAGCCACGCCAGCCGAGAUCGCGGGACGAACAGCAUGGUACACGUCUCUCGGCGACGAGGGCAGGGAAGUUUUCUCGAGAGAUGCCUGGGGAGGUGGCCAAUACGCAUCCGAAUACGCCACGCACAGUCCAUCAAAGUACUGCAUCUUGCCUCAGAUUCGUCUGGAACCCAUUCUGAAGCGCCGCGCUAUCGAGCUGAAUUCGACGGGCAUUCGCUCAUACCACGGAGUGUUGGAAGUGGACAACCAGAAGGAUUUCACCGUGGUCACUGUCCGAAACCGGGAUACGAAUGAGGUCUUUCGACGCAGAGCUCGCUACGUGAUCAUCUCCGAUGGUGGCCGGCAGUUUACUGACAAGCUUGGAAUCAGCUGGGCAGGCGAGGCAAACUUGACGACCAUGAUCAGCGCGCACAUACGUGCUCCAAUCCGACUGCUUCACCACGAUGCUCGUAAUUUCAUCACUUGGUUUACCAACCCGGCCAUGGGUGGCAGUACACGAACAGGCUAUCUUUACCAACUCGGCCCAUGGCCCGAAGCUAUGACGAACCCGCAGGCCGAAGAAUGGAUGUUCGUUUGUGGCAUCACCGAAGACGAUCCGCAGAUAUUCGACGAAGAGACAGCACUAGAUCGGGCUAAGAAGACUAUUGGUAUUCCAGAUCUUGACAUCGAGCUCAUCAGUCUCACCCAUUGGACUGUGAACGCCGUGUACGCUUCGGAAUGGCGUACCGGUCGCUGCUUCCUUGUCGGUGACAGCGCCCAUCGUAUCCCACCUUGGGGCGCGCUCGGUAUGAACACUGGAAUUCAAGAUGCACAAAACCUCAUAUGGAAAUUGUGCCUCGCACUGGAAGAUGAACAAAAGUACAACGCUUUACUCGACACGUACUACAUUGAACGAUCAGAAGUCGGAAAACGAGUCGGCCAAACAAGUCUCCAAAACAUGCGCGCACACGCCGGCCACAUCGACAGCGCGAUUGGCGUCGACGCACGGCAAACUCCAGAAGCCAACAUCGCAGCCGCAAAGUCCUUUUUCGAUCCGAAACAUCCAGACUAUGCACGCAAGCGCAUGCUCAUCGAAGCGGCAUCACAGGAGCUGGACACAGAGUUCAAGGCCCCCGGCUACGAAGUCGGUUGGUUCUAUCCUUCUGCAGAUAUCAAUUCUGAAGGUGGGGCGACUCAUGGUGGGCAGCAGCUCCCGGAUGGGACGCUGGUACAUCACACGUACUACAUGUCUACGAUCCCAGGUCAUCAUCUUCCGCAUGCAUGGCUAGAACGUGAUGGUAAGACCGUGGCCAUUCGAGACCUCCUAAGUCUGGAAAAGCUUACGCUGUUCGCGGAAAGUGGCAAUGUAUGGAGUAUAGCCGAUGAGAGGGUUCAGGUCAUCACCAUUGGGUCUGGAGAUUGGCGCGAUGUGAACGGGACAUGGCAGCGGCAUCGUGGAGUGGGCGCAACAGGUGCUGUUCUUGUCAGGCCCGAUGGCAUUGUUGCAUGGCGUGGCGAACUGGCUGCCGCAGAGGAAACUGGUUGGACACACCUUGUAGACGUCUUGCUCAGAGCACCUGUUUAG